AGCAGCGUCCUUGGCUUUCCUGACUCAAAUACAACCCAACCGCAACACGAAGGCCCUAUUCUUGAAUCAUCCGAAUAUUCUAACCCCUCUUUGGUUGAUGGGAUACAUCUCCGUGAUGGAGGCAUGUCUCUGAAGCAGACCUUCCCAGUUAUUGACUAUAUACACUACUGUAGUAUCUUCUUCAACUACGUGCACAAGUCACUCAGCUACGGAGAGAGAAAGAAGAGCUCCAAGCUCAACUUUUUGAAGUUCGCAGUCAGUUGGAGUAUCAAGAUUCCUCAGCAACCCGCAAUGGAGACAGAGAUGGGAGCAAUAUUAAUGCUGCAAAUGAUGAGAUUAAAACCUUUAUCUUCCGAUGCCAUAUCUCUCCCGGAGGGAUAUGACCCAGCCUCUCGUUUCAUCUCUCUUCCUGGGGAGUCGGAGAAAGAUAAGACUUCCCGUAUGAAAAUUGGUACAUAUUGGGAAAUACUCGAAGCUUUGCCCGCUGAUAAAAAGGAGAGUGCAAAAGAUCCGCAAUUUCUGAGAGAUGUAGUAAAGGCCGUGCAAGCCUUCCGCACACACUUCCAAUACAAUAUCAGGUCAUGCCCAUCGGAAUUGCUCGAAGAAUUUACUCAUACAAGAGCAAUCAACGACUUCAAGAAGUUCAAUGACUCGGUUUUUCGUGCAUCAAGCGCUUUAUGCCGUAUGCUAUCGGGGUACAAUGAAACGGCACAAGAGAAACAUGCACGCUAUCCCGACUAUCCUCCCAUCAUAUGCAAAGAGGUCAAACCAGGACAAGAUCCAGUAGAGGGAUUCUUUCAGUUGACUCUUCCCAAGAUUUUGGUUCUUGUCCUCUUUGGUGUAGCGCAAGUCAAAAAAGAACAAUUCACUCGUCCAAAAAUCUGUCACGCUAGUCAUUGGGGCGUCACCGAGGUCACUCCUGGUAUGAUUGCCAGUGCAGCUGUGGGCGCACGUUACAUGAUAUCUCCCGAUAAAGCGUUUGCACCGGUGGGCCCUCAAUCUGGGAUUGACUGGACAGAGGCCUUUCAGACGUACAAACAGUUUCUCUCGACGCGAAGAAACGACCCGCCUAUCGUCCAGUUGUUCGAUGAUCUUAACGCAACAUUAUUUGGAGAUGGUAACCGUAAACCGACCAUGUCCGAACUCGAUGAAAAGGACACCUCCCUCGGGCAGGCUACUGCUACUGGCCCCAACCUCAUCCCCAACGAAUCUCAGAAAGAAGGUACAUACAAUACUCCGAACAACGCAAAAUUCCAACAUUCUCUAGUAUUCAAGUCCAUAGAAACUGCGUCCAAAAUAGGGAUUGAAGAUGCGUUCAAGACUUUACAAAGAAGUCCUUUAGCAUCUACCCUAGGUGACAAUUCGGACAAAUGUCUCACUGAUAAUGGUCCAUAUUCCCAGGACCAAUCCCUACUACUGGCCGCACUCGAUACCUCUAACUACGACCCUGUCCUUCCCGCACUUUCUGUCGGAGCCGCUGCAUCAAUUUUGGGGCCGCUAAUAUGCCCUAAUACACCAAGUGCAUCUAAAGGUAUCAAGGUAGUUUCUGAUGUGACUAGUGGCCUGGUUCCUAAUACCCAGGCCGUUGACGACCCUAACCCCGGCUCGCAUAUCACAGCUACCCCUAGUCGACCCCCAGCACCUUUUUCUCAUCCCUCAACUCCUUCAGCUACUAGCUCCUCUCUUAUGGCCGACGAGAUUGUUCCUGCUGAGCUCGCUCGAGUUGGUCGCCUACUUUGGUCGAUGCGCAAUGCCACCAUCGCAGAUGAGUCAGAUAAAGAGAACGAGCCACCGGCCAAGAGAAGAAAAGGGGAAGCAAAGCUCCAGAAAGAAAAAGAACAACUUCAGGCUCAAGUCCUCGACACUCGCAAUCAAUUAAAGUCUCAGAUGGUUCCUACUACUCCCUCCGCAAACGAGAGCAAAGGUAACAGCAACAAUACCGUCAAUGAUGAGGAUCAAGAUUAUGACCCUUCCAGUCGUCUCAUUUCAUCUCCCAAUGAAUCGGAGAGUGAAAGGACAUUACGCUUGGUGUUUGGGACUUAUUGGGAGAUACUCGACGCCUUGCCUCCCAACCGAAAAGACGUUGUCAAAGACCCACAAUUCUGGAAGACUGUUUCCAUCCAGUAUCAGGGCAUGGCCAGCAGAAAUACUCAACGAAUUUUGAUCGCUAUCCUCUUCGGAGUUGAUCGAAUCAAUAAGGCACGACCUAAGCCCUCAAGACCCCGCAGGUCCUAUCAUUGGAACUUCACUGAAAUAACACCUGCCAUGAUUGCAAGUGCAGCUGUUGGUGUAAGUGUCUGGUUCCUUAGACCCCACUUAGUUAACCAUCCAUUUCAGGCGCGUUUCAUGGUGUCUCCCGACAGAGCGUUUACACAAUUGUUUGAUGACCUCAACGCAUCAUUAUUCCAGGAUGGCGCAAGUGUAACUGUCCCUUCUGGGCCUGAUGGACACGAGCUCUCUUUGAGUGGGAGGCAAGCCACCGCUGCCAACCUCAACUCUAUCACUGAUCGACCUCAGGAAGGAGGUAAAUCUCGUGAUCCGAGAGCUAUAGAAGUGGGAGCAGCCUUCAAGCCAGAAGUCGAGGAUACACCCUGGGCGCCGCAAGUCCUACCUUCGGCAUUUAUGCAAAUUGGAUAUUCACAUAUAUCACCUACUGAGACUAGCGCUUCACCAAAUUCUGACACGCACAUGUCCUCUACGACAUCGCGCGCGCGUAUUCUCGAUGGAAAAACUGAUAUUCCCAGUGAAAUAAUCCCUCAUGCCCAAUGCCUCUACCGUCCUAUGCUACACUGGCCGAUCACAGAUGCCCCUAACCAUUCCUCAGCGCCAGUUUGCCAUCCUCCUGCAUUAUCAUCUCAGUUCGCUCCUUCAGCUAUUGGCUCUUCUCCUCCCAUUGAUGAGAUUGUUCCUUUCGAGCCCUCGCGAGUUGGUCGCGUACUUCGGUCCUCUCACAAGGCUGUGGCCCUAAAGGGAUCGGGUAAAGAGAACAAGCGGCCAAACAGGAGAAGAAACAGAGACACCCAGAUAGAGAAACGAAAGCCUAGAACAUGCACCCUUCGGGCGAGACGGGCUGCUAUCCGACGCAAGUAG